UUAGUUGGUUAUCCCACAGCAGAGAAACCAGUUGAUAAAACUCUCUGCUAUGGUUCACACUCUGGAUCGGCUCUAACGCGUGGCCUGUUGGUGUUAUCAAUCAGUUUUUAUUGUGCUAUUGUGGGAAUCAGUGGGUGUUAGUGUGAUAAGAGUUUGACCACCCAUUGUAAAGGGGAAUUAUAAAUUCAAUUUAGUUCUGUUCGCGGCGACCGGUUGUGCGGAGUGAUCUUCAAAGGCAGCGUUAACAUUGCUGAGAGAAUUGAUUAUUAUUUGUCGAUAAUUUUGUUUACGUUUUCGUUUCUCUUUACUGCUCGAAAUCCACGUCAAGAAUGGAUAACAACAACGACACCUUUGUGCACGUACUGGAAUCAAUUCCAGAUAGCGAGCGCGUAUCGCAGCUCAAAGCACUCUUCGUAGAUGCUUUCAAUCGAAACCCAAGCUUUUUCGUACGGUGCAGUGGAAGAGUGAACAUUAUCGGAGAGCAUGUGGACUAUUGCGGAUACCCUGUGCUACCAAUGGCAAUUGAGCAGACCAUUCUUUUAGCUAUGGCACCGUCAGAGGAUAAUCUAGUUCAUUUGAAAAAUGUAGACCCAAAAUACAAAUCAUUCAAGUGUAAUAUAAACACAUUUAGCAUCGAUUUACUCGACUCAACCGGACCAGAGUGGUACAAAUACUUUUUAUGUGGCGUAAAAGGAAUUCUAGAGUUCGCAAAACCGGCCUAUCCGAAAGGAAUGAUGGUGGUUCUAUCAGGCAACAUUCCUCCAGCUUCCGGCUUGUCUAGCUCAAGUGCAUUAGUGUGCGCAUCCGUACUUGGAUCUGCUUACAUCCAUAAGAUACCUCUGGAUAAACAAGCCUUAGCAACAAUUUCCGCAGAUUGUGAAAGAUUUAUCGGUACCCAGGGAGGAGGCAUGGACCAAGCUAUUGCGUACCUUGCGAAGCAGGGCUGCGCCCAAUUCAUUGAAUGGGACCCACUUAGAGCCACAUCAAUUGAUCUUCCUGGCAAUGCAGUUUUUGUGAUUGCAAACAGUCUGACGGAAGCCAACAAAGCUGCUACUUCAGAUUUCAAUCAGAGAGUUGUGGAAUGUCGACUGGCUUGCAGAUUUCUAGCAAAAAAGAUGCAGAUAAACUGGCGUGAAAUAUGGCGCUUUUCAUCUUUGCAGAAAGUUCUCAACUAUUCGUUGGAGGAAAUGGAAACUCUAAUCAAUACCUAUUUGACUCAGCUUGCCUACACAAAAGAUGAACUGCUACAUUUUUUUGAAAUAGGCAACGAUGAUUUUGUAGAAAACCUGCUCACUCCGAAUACACGAGAUGCACAAGUUUUCAAAUUACGUCAACGAUCGUUACAUGUGUUUCAAGAGUCAAUUCGGGUUAAAACGUUUGUGGAAGUUGCUAAACAACAAUCAGCGGACUCGAUUCAUUUGAUGAAGCAGCUCAUGAGACAAUCCCAUGAAAGUUUGAAAACGUUAUACGAAUGUUCUCAUGGAAAUUUGGACAAGCUUAUACAAAUUUCAAACUCACUUAACGUAGGCGCUAGAUUAACAGGUGCUGGAUGGGGCGGCUGCAUUGUGGCUCUCUGCGAUGGAGUGGACCAGAGUGUUGAAUACAUAAACCAUCUGAAACAGUCUUACUACGCUGACUUGGAGAAUGCUUUGGGCAAAAACUUGGAUGAACUUGUGUUCGCUACCAGUCCACAACGUGGUGCCGAAAUAUAUUUGAUGGAUAGUACAAAUAAUUUUAUUGAAUAGCGAAUUUUUUUACUAAUGCGCACUCAAAGGCUAAAUUUGUGCAUUUUUUAUAGUUUUAAAAAUAAUUCUAGAUAAGGGGCUGUCCA